AUGUUUCAGUGCGGCUAUCUCGAGGGGCUGCGCUCAUCACUCGGUGGCUGGACGCAGAAAGUAAAAUCUUGGUACUGGGGACGACCUCUAGAGUUGGCCCACAACUUGUCUCGAAGUUUUGACAUGAAGGAGGACAGUGGUGCUUUGCUAGAGGAGCGAGGCGGGAUCCGGAGGCAUCAGUCGAUGCAAAGACUUGGCCAUGAGCCUGCACACGACGAAGCACACGCUGCACGCGUUGUGUCCGACCACCAUGGGAACCUUCAUAUCACCGUAAAGAAGACUAAACCCAUACUAGGUAUUGCGAUUGAGGGCGGUGCGAACACGAAGCAUCCCUUGCCUAGAAUAAUAAACAUACAUGAGCAUGGGGCGGCUUACGAAGCUGGUGGGUUGGAAGUAGGUCAACUUAUCUUGGCAGUGGAUGGUCACAGAGUGGAAGGCCUGCAGCAUCAAGAUGUAGCGCGGUUAAUAGCGGAGUCCUUCGCACAGAGAGAUAAACCGGAAAUCGAGUUUCUAGUCGUAGAGGCAAAGAAGUCAAACUUGGAACCAAAGCCCACUGCUCUUAUUUUUUUGGAGGCCUAA